UCCUCUUUCCCUCACAAGAGAACCUACCUCUCACUUCUUCCACUUCCCUUUUAGGAUUUCAAGCUCUUUAAUUGCUUCUCAUGGAGAGAGGUCUAGCUCUAGCUCUAGCUCUACCGGGUUCUCUUCUUCUACUUUGCUUGUCACUGUUACUCCCUCUUCUUGCGGUUUCUCAGGACCCUGGCACCGAGUUCACCUUCAAUGGCUUCAACACCUCAAAUCUUGAUCUUGAUGGAGCCUCCGUGAUCAAGCCCAGCGGCACCCUCAAGCUCACCAACCAGUCGAGUUUUGACAUGGGCCACGCCUUCUACCCAAACUCCUUCCAGAUGUUCGAUUCCGUUCGUCCGAACGUGUCCUCCUUCAGCACGUACUUUGUGUUCGCCAUUAAGCCCCGGGUUUCAGGUCAGGGCGGGUAUGGGAUCGCCUUCACCGUGGCCCCGAAGACCAAGUUCCCCGGGGCCCAGGCCGAGCACUACCUUGGCCUCUUCAACCCCACCACUGACAAGGAAACCUCGAACCACAUGCUCGUGAUCGAGUUCGACACUGUGAACGGGUACGGCGGAGGCUUGGAUAGAGAAGGGAACCAUGUGGGGAUCAACAUCAACGGGAUGGAUUCGAUCGCGACGGAGCCUGCUGCUUAUUAUAUUAAUGAUACUAACGUGAAGGACGACAUGAAGUUGGAGAGCGGAGAUCCGAUCCAGGCCUGGGUUGAGUAUGAUGCAAAGAGCAAACUUGUGCACGUCACGAUAUCGCCCAUUGAUGUUGAGAAGCCACUCAAGCCUCUCCUAUCCGCUACUAGAGACCUAGACGAUGUGUUCCUAGAGAAUAUGUACGUCGGGUUCUCCGCAUCCACGGGAAGCACAAGGAGCUUCCAUUACGUGUUAGGGUGGAGUUUCCGGUUGAACGGCUCUGCUCCAUCUCUUGAUCUCGCACGACUCCCUCUACCGCCAAAUGACAGUGGUCCGUCUUCUUCCUAUAGGCCCCAGAUCAUAGCCCUAAUAGCCUCUCUCUGUGUCAUAACGGUAUGCCUGUUAGGAAUUCUGAUCUUUUUUACAAUCAAAAGAAAGAUCAGGAAGCGGCGCCAGGGCCUUGAGGACUGGGAGUUGGACUGCCCUCACCGGUUCCAGUACAAGGACCUUCACACAGCAACAAAGGGUUUUAAGGAAAGCGAGAAGAUCGGGUCUGGGGGUUUUGGCUCCGUGUAUCGAGGGGUCUUGCCCGCUAAUAGGGGUGAGGUUGCUGUCAAAAAGAUCGUCGCUCGUAAAGAUUCGAUACAAGGGAUGAGAGAGUUUGUGGCGGAGGUCGAGAGCUUGGGGCGGCUCCGGCACAAGAACCUUGUGAACCUCCAAGGUUGGUGCAAGCACAAGAAUGAGCUCCUCCUCGUGUACGACUACAUCCCUUACGGGAGCCUCCACUCACUCCUCUUCAAUCGCCAAGACGGGUUCGUUUUGAGUUGGGACCACAGGUUCAACAUCCUGAAGGGAAUCGCCUCGGGAUUGUUGUACCUCCACGAGGAAUGGGAGCAAGUCGUGAUCCAUCGGGACGUGAAGUCGAGCAACGUGCUAAUAGAUGCAGACAUGAAUCCCCGACUCGGGGAUUUUGGCCUUGCGAGGUUGUAUGAUCACGGGCAAGAUUCACACACCACAAAUGUUGUUGGAACCAUAGGUUAUAUCGCGCCCGAGUUGGCCCGCACAGGGAAGGCUUCGGCGAGCUCUGACGUAUUUGCUUACGGUGUCAUGCUCCUCGAGGUGGUCACCAGAAGGCACCCGAUUGGAUCAGGACCCUUCAUAUUGGUCGAUUGGGUGAUGGAGUGUCACGAGCUCGGGCGAAUCCUCGAUGUGGUUGAUCAAAUGCUCAACUCGAUCUACGUAGUCGAGGAAAUGCAGCUAGUGCUGCUGCUGGGUCUACUGUGUUCUCAUCCUAAACCUGAGUCUCGUCCCACGAUGAGGCAAGUAGUUCGAUAUCUGAACCGGGACGAUCCACUUCCGCCUCUCAAUGACUUAGGCUCCGUGGAUUCCCGACGAAACAGUAUCAACGCGAGGUUCUUGGAAUUUCUUUCCUCAGAUACGACGACCACUACGUCCAAUGUAAUAUCUUCCAUGGGUGCUUUCUCCACUUCUUCUUUAGGUGCUGGUAGAUAGUAUAGGAAUGGAGUUCAAAGUCAGAAUGAUGAGAAAGAGAAACUGUACAUGUACAGGAAUUCUGCUCACACAUACAUUUAUUGCUUCAUUUUGAUGACACAUUUUCACAUUUUGAUUAUCUAGUAUCUCUUUUCUACUCUUUAGUGGAUCGAUUCGACUCGAACUGAAUUCGUUAAAGUACAUUAAUUUCCUAAACAUUAUUACUAGAUUUCUACAUGUAAGCCAUUUAUAGGAAGGAAACUUCUCUUCUUUUUAUU